CAACAGCAGUACUGUUAGUACUAGUCUGUUAGUUACCGUACACUUAAAAAAAUAUUAGGUUUAAAUUUCAGUGAUACAGUUUGUUUGGAUUCAUUGAUGUUAGACGCGCAGUCGACCUAAAAUGUAUCGGACUUUUCAAAGUUUUGGGCAGAAAUCAUGGAUUUUAGUCAUGGAUCCACCUGCAAUUUUCAUUCCUACAUGAGUAGAAAGUUUCGGUCACUGAAGAACUUUAUACGGGGAAAUGUAACUAUUAUAUGCAUGUUCUUGGGAAUUAUACUGGGUCUUGCAUUGGGUGCAAUUUUAAAGGUUUUCCCUGUUCCUGAGUCAGUUCUCUUGUGGAUAGGCCUCCCCGGUGAACUGUUCAUCAGGUCGCUGAAUUUUGCAGUCAUACCUCUCCUCACGGGCAAUAUAAUCACCAUGUCGUCUAAAUUAAAACCCUCUGUCCAAGGUAAAAUGGCUAUACUUGCCUUGAGUUACUGUGUUGGCUUGAAUAUUGUCGCGUCUUUUCUUGGCUUAGGCAUUACGGCACUUAUCAACCCAGGAGGCAGAUUUAUGUCCAACUCCUUAUCAUCUCAAACCAGUCCCGAAGAUCGUAAUAAAGUUGAGAUAUCUGAUGUAUUCAUGGAUUUUUUCAGGAAUAUGGUUCCAGAUAAUUUUGUCAAAAUGUUCCUGUAUUCAACGACAACCACUUACAAGCCAUCUGGAUUUUCGAAUACGUCUACUCCUGAUUCAAUAAACAAUAUAACAAUUAUAAAUUACGAAAGAGUAGUAGGAACUACACCACAAACAAAUAUUCUAGGUAUUCUUACAACCAGUUUGGUUAUUGGUCUAGUCGCUGGAUGUCAAGGUGAAAAAGUUCGUCCAUUAAUUGAAUUGGCUGAGUCUGUUUCUGAAAUAAUGACUGUAAUCACAGAAGUUAUCAUCAAACUUCUACCAGUUGCUAUGAUCAGUCUCAUCGGAUAUGCAAUUGGACGAAUGGAACAAGUUGAAGAGAAUUUCAUCGCUUUAGUCUUAUUCAUUGCAUCAUCGAUUACAUUUCAUACAAUCAUUAUACUUGUGGUUUUACCGUUAUUCAUCUUUAUUACAGUAAAACGAAAUUUAUUUCGUUUCUAUAGUUUUCUAUCCGAGCCUGUAUUGACCGCUUUCAGUUCGACUAGUUCCUUAAUUGCUCUACCACAACUUUUUCGAGUCUGUGAUCGAUAUGGUAUAGAUCCAGAUCUUGUACGUACUGUGGCACCAUUUUUAACAAGUUUCAAUGCAAAUGGAUCUGCUGCAUUUAUUGCAUCUGCAGUUUGUUUUGUAACACAAUUGGCUAAACAACCUUUGAAUGCGGGUCAGUUCAUUGCAGUUGGAUUUUUAUCUGGUAUUAAUGUGAUGGCGUUACCUGCAAUUCCAAGUGCAAGUAUUAUAACCGUCAUCCUGAUAGCACGUGCAUUUAAUCUUUCUGAAUCAGCGAUAUCACUUCUCUUCGUUGUCGAAUUUAUUGCUGAUCGAUUGCGCACUGUUGUCAAUGUUAUGAGUCAUGCAACUUGUGUUCUGUUUAUUCACUUAAAAUUAAAACAAAACGAUGCCACAUUGAAUUUGAUCAAUUCAUCAAGAAAUGAAGCGGAAUCAUUGAAUCAAAAUGACACAGGGAUAGAUAAUUCAGGGACAACAGAUAAUGUUAUCAGUCAUAAUGUUUAUGUCAGCUGACGGCAGAGAUUUUCAUAGCUGCCCUGCUCUGCCCUACCCUGUCCUGUACUGUACUGUUCUGCUCUGUUCUGUUCUGUUCUGUUCUGCUGUGUGUCCUUUAAUCUCAUUUACACAACAAUCUACUGGUUGGUUUUUUCAUGUUGUUGAAACUUACUACUUAUUUUGUCUUUGAUAUGAUUACUCAAUAAUUCAUGUUUAUCAUAGAGACUUUUGUCUUCGAUAAUUCCUCCUCUCUUAUAUAUAUUUAUAUUUCCUCUUUCUUUUUUUACUCAAAAUCUGAUCAAUUCUGUGAAGACUAUCAUCAGUCUGUAGAGACUGUCAAGUGUGAUAUGAACAAAACCUACCUGUUCACCAUCAGCUCUAUCUCCCUUUCUCUUUCUCUCACCCUCAACUUAACUUCACUUGUUCAGUUCUGUAAAUUGUUUGUGAUACAUAAUUUUUGAUAAACACUGACUGUUUUAUUAGUGUGCCUCCCCCCACACACACGCACCCACACAUACACUUACGCACAGACCAUCUCCAUUUGUACAUGUCAGUACUCAUCUCUACACAUCACAUCGAAUCAGUUUUAAUUAU